AUGGAUUAUACAGUUUCGCUCCAAGUGCAACAUCAACUGGCAGUGUUCCCGACGCACUUCUAUCAGGGCUACAGCGUGGAGUUACAGAUGAAGUCAACAGAAGUGGACCAAGGGCUUUUCACAGACAGCUACUGCAAAGUGUGCAGCGCUCAGCUCAUCUCCGAGUCCCAGAGGGUCGCUCAUUAUGAGAGUCGGAAACACGCCAACAAAGUGCGGCUGUAUUACAUGCUACAUCCUGUGGAUGGAGGCUGCCCUGCCAAGAAGCUCAGAACAGACAAUGGCAGCGAUGAAGGCGACGUGGACAAAAACAAAUGCUGCACGCUGUGUAACAUGUCCUUCACCUCAGCAGUGGUCGCACAGUCACACUACCAGGGUAAAAUCCAUGCCAAGAGGCUAAAACUGCUACUGGGGGAGCAGCCUGCCAUCACAACCAAAGAGGCCUCCCCCAGUCCUGUAAAGAGCUCCCCAGAAACGUCUCCCAUGACCUCCCCUCGACAGCGCCGUGACUCAGACCGCUACUGCCAGCUAUGCAACGCCUGGUUCAACAACCCCGGCAUGGCUCAGCAACAUUAUGAUGGCAAAAAGCACAAGAAGAACGCCGCCAGAGCAGACCUGCUAGAGCAGCUGGGCAAGACCCUGGACAUGGGCGAGAUGAAAGGUCUGAAACGAAGCUAUUCCUGUGAAGUCUGCAGCGUCACACUGAACUCGGUGGCACAGUACCAUGCACAUCUGCAGGGCUCAAAGCACCAAAACAAGUACAACUGGCUUGGGCAACAGGAGGCCUCCUGGACAUCUAAAUGGAAGGAUACCCUGGGGGCAGGCAGACCACACUCGAAGGCCUUCGGAACCCUUCAAGAUCCUCCAGGAGGGUCUAUGGUGUGGCUGUGCGCGGAAUGUAAGGGCUACUCUGCUGCUUCUGCAACCAAGACCUGA